AUGAACGAGGGUUUGCAAGUACAAAUCCGCGCCCGCCACCUCGUUGUCUCUCCUGUCCCUACAACCCGCGCGGUGCUCAAGCCUGAGGCGACCGCAGCUGUCCAGGCUGCGCCGCGCGGGACUAAGCGCCUGGGACGCACGGGCGCACGAACCCUGCGCGCCUCCGCAAGAGCCGCGCGCUGGACAGCACCCUCCCUGCGCGCGCAAGGCUGCGCGCCACGUGGCGCGGUGGGGCCCCGCUUCGUGUCUGGCGCCCUCGCCCUUCGCCGGCCUUGGGGGUGGGGCUGUGAAGGGGGAUGGGCGUUGGGCUUUGCGGUUUUUGUUCUGUCAGUUUUUUUCAGGAAAAUCUUCAUCUUGCAACUGGUAGGGCUGGUGCUAACCUACAAUUUUACUGGCUGUGACUUUGAGAAGAUUAGAAAGAAGUAUCAGGAAGUCAUUUAUCAAGCCCUGGAGAAGUACAUGAAUGGGACCAAAAGCACCGAAUUCAACAACCCCAUCUACUGUGAAGACCCGCCAGACUGCCUCGCUAAAAUCGAACGCAUUACCUUCCAUCCCACCCACGACUGCACGUCUCUCGCCGAGGAAAUCUUUGCAAUAGGAACUAGGGCUACGCUCACUCUCCAGUGCCCCGGCUACUCCGGAAUGCAGAUAAAUAAUACCCAGGCAAAGAAGAAAAGAAAGAAAAGAAAAGUCACAACAAAUAAAUGCCGGGAACAAGUUGCAUACUUAAUAGGACUGUGGCGUCGUUUCAGUCGCAUUUCAUAGAAACAAAAUACACCUUCCUUAGGGCUGUAUUUCAUAGCAACAAAGUAAAUCAUCUUUAUUAGUUUCAGGUGUACAACAUAGUGAUUCAGCAUUUGUAUAUACCGCAAAAUGAUUGUCACACCCAGUAAGCCUGGUUAGUAUCUGUGAUGAAACUAAUUUUUUUGUGAUGAAAACUUUUAAGAUCUACAUUUCUUCAGUUCGUUACUUCCCGUCAUCCUUGAAGCCCACUGGCUACUCCCCUCUUGCUUUGUGCCUUGGCCCUGCAUAUGGAGAGAAUAUUUGGGGAUAGGUGGCUUCAACAUGCAUUCCAAUCAUCUUUUUCCUAAGUUGUGCCUCUAGUCCUCUCUUCCCCUGUUUAACUUCCCCCACAUCUGGAAGAGACAAUGGAGUCUAAGAUAAACAAUGCCAAAUCCAUUCUCCUAUUCUGGAAUGCCUCCUGCCAGCUAGAGCAGCGGGUACCCUCUUGCUCACCUUCCAGUGGGAGGGCCCCCCAGCCACAGAGCCCAGGCCAAAAUAGAGCAGAUAGUAGUACCCUGAUUUUUCCUUAAGUGGAAACUUUCCCCUGACCACUGCUCUGAGGGCUGGUGCUCACAGAAUAAGAGAGGUUCAAGGUUUCCAAAUCCAUCUUACCUGCCAACAGGUAAGAGGAAACUUACAUUAUGUAUCCAAAAAGCAUUUAUGGAGCACCUAGUGUGUGCCAUGCCUUCAGCCAAGUACCAGGGAUACAGAAGUAAAUAAAACACAGCUUUUACCCAGAGAAGCUCAGAAUGUUAAUGAAUAGGCACUUUCCUUUGCCCUGAGAGAAUUUCCUAUGCCGUCUUUCCAAAAGAAAGUUCUCUAAAGAAAGACCCAACCCAGGGCCCUAAAUGCCAUCAUAAGAGGAACUCCUUUCGGUCUAGCACAGGCUAGGAUUCAUUAAUUUCCUAUGCAAAAGGUGGGGAAAGAGAUGAUAGUUUAACCUAUUAACUCCAUUUUACUAGGGGUUAAUUGACGAGAUUACACUAAACUGAAAAGAAAUAUUUUCACAAUUAUUCUCAAGGUGUUUGCCAAUUUCCCUAUAAGCAGAGAGGAAUGAAGAACUGAAGAUAGAACAGGAAGCUCAAAGUCAUCCGACUGAAUGCAGUUUCUCUGAGUUUUCUGCUUUAUCUUUAAAAUUUUGUGUAAUUUAUAUAUUUUAUUUUUCUAUGUACCCCAUAGGUGUUUUAAUAUAAAAGCAAUCAUUUUAAUUAUUUACUAUCCCCCAAAA